AAAUUUUUCAUUUCUUUUGGAUUUGAUUACUAUAAUUUAGACCAUUAUCAAAUGUAUUAAGCAUUUAAGGUUUAGUUAAGUGCUUACUUCUCGCAAAGUACACUGAAUUUGCUCCCAUUUUUAUUUAACUUUUUGGAACAGCGAUGGCAUGUGUGAUGCUCCGCAUAACCUUUUUCGCUGAUGCGAUUUAAAGCGGCGAUGUGUAAAUGAAUGUUUAAAAAUUUAAAAUUCGAUAGACUCAGCGCCUCAAGCAAAACGUGGCAACACCGGUGCCUCCUCGCUGUCCAACUCUGGUGCGCAUAUCAGCACUUAGUGGACGAACACAACACUACGUUGAGUACUACGAAACGAAAACACGUCCACGUACGUUCUGAGAAGUUGAGAAAUUUGCAAAGGUUUGUGAUUGGUAACUAGGGCUUCCCUUGCCCAGCGCAAAUCGCAUUCGCAUUGAAAGACACAAGGGCGCCGAACAACGUUCCAUUUUUAAGUAUCCAGAGUUAGAAAUUCCACACAUAGCAUUUAGCCAUGGCCAACCCAGCUGCAGGACCCUCCAAGCAGGAGAUCGAGUCGGUAUUCAGUCGCCUGCGCGCCCAACCAGCAAACAAAUCCUGCUUCGACUGCGCUGCCAAGGCUCCCACCUGGUCCUCCGUCACCUACGGCAUCUUCAUUUGCAUCGACUGCUCCGCCGUACACCGCAACCUGGGCGUGCACUUGACCUUCGUGCGCAGCACCAACCUGGACACCAACUGGACCUGGCUACAGCUUCGCCAGAUGCAGCUCGGCGGCAACGCAAACGCGGCUCAGUUCUUCCGGGCCCACAACUGCAGCAGCACCGAUGCUCAGGUGAAGUACAACUCGCGGGCGGCCCAGCUUUACCGGGACAAGCUGAGUGCCCAGGCCCAGCAGGCCAUGAAGAUACACGGCACGAAGCUGCAUCUGGAGCAAACGGACAAGAGCGAGGGCAACGAGGUCGCCAAGGAGGAGGACUUUUUCGCCCAGUGCGACAACGAGGCGGACUUUAAUGUGGAGAAUAACAAUGUCAGCAAGCAGGAUCUGAAGGCAGCAACCGCUGCUCCUGUAAUCAGCCUGGAGACGCAACUAGGUGGCGCUCCCAGCGUGGAUCUGCUCAAUUCAGUGGUGCCAACAGCAGUGCCCUCCUCGAUCGGUGCGCGCAAGGUGCAGCCCAAAAAGGGUGGACUGGGUGCCCGCAAGGUUGGCGGCCUGGGAGCCACGAAGGUUAAGACUAACUUCGCAGACAUCGAGGCCCGUGCCAACGCGGCCAACGAAAUGAAGACAUCCGUUGCUACGGUCCCUUUGGAUAAGCCCCAGACAGCCGAAGAGGAACUAGAAACGGUGGCCAGUAUGCGGCUGGCGUACCAGGAGCUCUCCAUGCAAAAGACCCGGGAGGAGGCUAAGCUCAAGAACAUGGAUCCCGCAAAAGCCAAGCAGAUGGAGCGCCUGGGUAUGGGCUUCAGCCUUCGUGGAUCCGACAUGGCCCACUCUGCACUCGGCGAUAUGGAGACCAUACAGCAGUCGGCCGCUCCUAAGGCCAAACUCUCCUCCUUGGAGAGCGACAACUUCUUUACGGACUACUCUUUGUACGGCAGCAGCAGUAGCGGAGGGGGAGCCAGCUCCAGCGAAAAGCGAGAAAGCUCCGGUGGCGGCAGCAGCAAGCUGGAUAAGUUUGAACUAGAUGCCCUUGGCUACGAGACCAUAGAACCUAUUGGCGGCUCGCACAGCAACAUUACGUCUAUGUUUGCCGGCAGCAAUGAGCAUGACAAACUUAAAACUUCGGCGCAGGCAAAGAAGAGUAGUGGCUUGAACACCUUGUCCUCCUCAGGUCACAGCAAGGGGGGAGCUAUCAAUGAUCCCGUAAUCGCGCAGCAAAAGUUCGGAAACUCCAAAGGCUUCGGCUCCGACCAGUACUUCGCCAGCGAACAAUCCUCUGCUGACGUCAGCGCGAGUUUAAACCGCUUCCAGGGAUCGCGUGCCAUAUCUUCGUCGGAUUACUUUGGGGAAGGCACCCCUAGUGGAAGUGCGGGCAAUAGGGGCUACUCAUCGUCUGUAAACUUUAGUGCACCCGACCUGGAUGUGGAAAGCGUAAAGGAGAGCGUUCGUCAAGGAGUGCACAAAGUCGCCGGCCGGCUGAGCAAUUUGGCCAACGACGUGAUGACCUCUUGGCAAGACAAAUACGGCUAUUGAUAUCAGCAGGACAACCAUAGUGACCAACGUAGCAGCGCGUGCAGGAGAAGCGGCCACCGCGGUGACGGGGAAAUGUCUUAUCUUAACGUUUUUAUAUAUUAGUCACACACGAACCAUUUCGCGAAUAUGAAGAAAGUUAUAAAGGAUUCCAAGCAAAUAGCCGUUUACCGUUUGCAUACCUCGUAUUGAUCUUGUAAAAAAUUACUGAAACAGAACAACCCGAAACAAAAUCCAUGCAGUAUAGCCAGCUGUAAAAUGCGCGUAGUGUCUUUUAAAUAUACAUAAAAAUACGUUCAGAUUAAAAUUGUAAGCAUGUGCAUUCUGUACGGCCCACGCUAGCUCGACUUUAUUGGAACAUUUGUAUUCCUCCACUUUUUAUUUUUAUUCCUCUAUUAUUAUAAUAUUUUGUCGAGCUCAAAUUUGUAUUCCGAUAGGCUAAUUUUUAAUUUGUUUCUCGUUUAUCAUGAAAUUGUGUAGAAGAGUGUAACAUGAAUAAACUAGAACUGCAUAGCAAAUAUUCGCGAGUUAAGGAGUCUUUAAAACAUGAUUAUAAAGUUAGAAAAUCAUCUACGUUGUCUCUGUAAAUGUAUGUACAUAUAUGCAUACAAUCUUUCCAGUUGCUAGGCUGGCAGCUUUGUCCUGAGCUUAAAAAGGGACACCCUGAACAAAGUUUUUAGAAAAAAAAAAUAAAUUAAAACAGAACAGGAGAUUAAACUUUUCGCCAGAAAAGUGUCAGUUAAAAAUUGUAUGUGCAUCAUAUAUAAUUUCCGACCAAUUUUGGUUAAUCAAAUGUACAUUUCUGCUAAAAUUGGUCAGAUUUCUGUAAGAAUACAUUAUAGGAGAGACGCUUUUAAACCCUUGCAGAUCUUAAUAUAAUGUUAUUCGGCAGCUUGCAACGCUUUCAGAUUGGAUGAAGUUGUCUUUAUAUAUCAAAAAAUAACUGUUGUGAAAAAACUGAAAAUAACUGGUUUUAUCAACGUAAAAUGUAGAUGAGAAUAUAAAUAAAGAAGAAGAAAAUUGGGCCAAA